AUGCAUAGACCGAUUCGGAUUCAAGUUAACAUUAACUUAGGGCCAGGGGUCCAGGUCAUCCAGGCUGUCUUUUUUGGCAUCUGUGUGUUGACUGAUCUUUCCAGUCUUCUGACGAGAGGAAGUGGCAACCAGGAACAAGAGAGGCAGCUCAAGAAGCUCAUCUCUCUCCGGGACUGGAUGUUGGCUGUGUUGGCCUUUCCUGUUGGGGUUUUUGUUGUAGCAGUAUUCUGGAUCAUUUAUGCCUAUGACAGAGAGAUGAUUUACCCGAAGUUGCUUGAUAAUUUUAUCCCAGGGUGGCUGAAUCACGGAAUGCACACGACAGUUUUGCCCUUUAUAUUAAUCGAGAUGAGGACAUCCCACCAUGCGUAUCCCAGCAGGAGCAGCGGACUCGCCGCCACAUGUACCUUCUCUGUUGGCUAUAUAUUAUGGGUGUGUUGGGUGCAUCACAUCACCGGGAUGUGGGUGUACCCGUUCCUGGAACACAUUGGCCCGGGGGCCAGAAUCAUCUUCUUUGGGUCCACAACCAUCUUAAUGAACUUUUUGUACCUGCUGGGAGAAGUUCUGAACAGCUAUAUCUGGGACACACAGAAAAGUAUGGAAGAAGAGAAAGAGAAGCCUAAAUUGGAAUGAGAUUUAAGUCUACGUGGAAGAGCUGGAUGGAGCCGCCAUUGAAGACUCGCUCCCCCCAGGCGUUGGCAGUGCAGGAGAGGAAGCUUCAAAGAAAGCGGCCAAGUGCGCCUCCACCUCCCAGCCGCAGAGGACACCUUUUAGAGAGAAAUAUAUAUAAGAAUAGAAUCCAGUGGUUUCUAAAAUAACUCGCCCUCAUUGUGUUUGAAAGAACUCUUUCCAAAUUCAUGGUUGAUAAUAACAUCUCUUCUUUUUUCCUCUUCUAGUUUUUCAAACUAAAAUUGGUCAUUGGAUUUUAAUUUGUGCAAUUGUAAUACCAUUAAGAAUAAAAUUCUAUUGUGUUCUUAUUGAUACAUUGGUGAAAAUCAAAGGGGCAGAUAUGGAGCAAGGCACCCCGGUAUUUGCCCUACAGGUGGCUGGGACAGUGACCCUGGGCCACAGUGGAAGGCUGCAGGAGAUAUGAUGGAAUAAUGUCACAGUUGCCUCAAACAGACAAUGUUAGUAAUAAGUCCAUCAAGUUAGUCAAAACCCUGAAUGUUUUUGGAUCUCAUGAGUUAAUCUUGUGAAACUUUUUCCUAAAUGCAAACUAUAACUUUAAUAAAGACAAGCAACCCCUA